GGAGCCCCCCUCCCUUCCCCGCCCGGAUCCGGCCGGGCGCCCCGUGCCGUGGGUGGGCUGCGCGGCGGGCGCUCGCGGGCUCUGCGCGAUUGGAAUAUGGUUGGGGAAAUGGAAACCAAGGAGAAGCCGAAGCCGAGCCCCGAUUACCUGAUGCAGCUGAUGAACGACAAGAAGCUGAUGAGCAGCCUCCCCAACUUCUGCGGGAUCUUCAACCACCUCGAGAGGUUGCUGGACGAAGAAAUUAGCAGAGUACGGAAAGACAUGUAUAACGACACAUUAAAUGGUAGUACGGAGAAGAGAAGUGCAGAAUUACCAGAUGCUGUGGGACCUAUUGUACAGUUACAAGAGAAACUAUAUGUGCCUGUAAAAGAAUAUCCAGAUUUCAAUUUUGUGGGAAGAAUCCUUGGUCCCAGAGGACUAACAGCUAAACAGCUCGAGGCAGAAACAGGAUGCAAGAUAAUGGUCCGAGGAAAGGGCUCAAUGAGGGACAAAAAGAAGGUCUCCUUUAAGAGCAGAGGCAACCUUGAUCCAGCAGUUUUGGAGGUAGAGGAGGAACAGAACAGAGGCAAGCCCAACUGGGAACACCUGAAUGAAGAUUUACAUGUACUAAUCACUGUGGAAGAUGCUCAAAACAGAGCAGAAAUCAAAUUGAAGAGGGCUGUUGAAGAAGUGAAAAAAUUAUUGGUACCUGCAGCAGAGGGAGAAGACAGCCUUAAAAAGAUGCAGCUAAUGGAACUUGCAAUUCUGAAUGGCACUUACAGAGACGCCAACAUCAAAUCACCAGCCCUUGCCUUUUCUCUUGCAGCGACAGCCCAGGCUCCAAGGAUUAUUACUGGGCCUGCGCCUGUUCUCCCCCCAGCUGCCCUGCGUACUCCUACGCCAGCUGGCCCUACCAUAAUGCCUUUGAUCAGACAGAUACAGACCGCUGUCAUGCCAAAUGGAACUCCUCAUCCAACUGCUGCAAUAGUUCCUCCAGGACCUGAAGCUGGUUUAAUUUACACACCCUAUGAGUAUCCCUAUACACUGGCACCAGCGACAUCAAUUCUUGAGUAUCCUAUUGAACCUAGUGGCGUAUUAGGUGCGGUGGCUACUAAAGUUCGAAGGCACGAUAUGCGUGUCCAUCCUUACCAAAGGAUUGUGACCGCAGACCGAGCCGCCACCGGCAACUAACCUAUGACCUUCUGACCUCUGAACUCUUCACCCAAUGAUGACCUGACCAUGCCUGCCUGCUGAUCAGUUAACUGGUAAUCGCCUUUGCUUGCCUGUCUUCAGUGCAGCGAGCUGAGGCACUUGUCCGUUCGUCUUACCAUCUAACAAAAAAGACAAAGAAAUUAAUUGUCCUCCAACUCAGCUUUUUUUUCCUGUUUGGGUGAAAGUGGUUCUAGAACCUGCACUGAAUAGUAGUAAAGCAAUAAGGUCCAAUUCAUCCCUCAGCACUGAUCAUCCUUUAGUGUCCCACCCUAAACGAACGGUAAGAAGGCCUCACUUAAGUGAUGGAGACAGAUGUCCCUUAACUACCCGAUGACAGAGGCAGUUACUGUGAGCGACUUCUAGGAAUCUUUUUCUUCUCAUAAUGAAGUCAAAGCUCUCUUUGAAUGUACUGUGUGAUGAUGCAUCAUGCAUGAACCUUUGGUCAGGGAUGUCAUUGGUGAAGGGAUUCCAAAAAGUAUUCAAAAUUUGACUUGCUGUUUAGUCACUACCAGUGCCCUCAAAGGGCAAAAGUUGCAGCCUUUUUUCUAUUGCCUGCCAAAUUGGAUGUUUUAAAAGAACGUGUGCCAUGAAAGAUAGAUUUCAGUGAAUUUUCAGAACUAUGUUAAUGCAAAGAACAAAACAGCAACACUAUGAAAGCAAAAUCUGAGUUAUGAUUACUUUAACCAUAUUUAAACUUUCUUAAAAGAUUACAUGAGAACAAGGUACAUGCAUUAUGUGUCACAUUACUGGGCAAACUGUUCAAAUAUUUUUUUUAAACCUCCCUGUAUAGAAAAAUUUCAUUAAGGAUGUAAAAGCCAUGCUUGCCUAUUUGCUGUAUACAUGUAAUGAAAUUGUAGAUAAAGUGUAGUGCAUUGAAACAAAAUGAACAAAAAAGUAGAUACUUUUACUAUACAAGGGUGCUGGUGCAGAAAAAAUAUAUUUUUGGAAAUGUAGCAUUUUAUACUUUCAAGUGUUAUAAAAAAAAGAAAAAAAGAACAAAGAAACAACCCUUUAUUUCAUUAAAUGAUUUUUUCUGGUGGUUGUCAAGAAACAAAAGACCAAAAGAGCCUUUUUGUCUUUCUUUUUUAUUUUUUAAGUAUUGGAAUAAGUCUAAAGAAAAGGAAGUGCCUUAUUUUCUUCAUGGUCAUUUAGUAAAAUGUCUCAUAUAAUCAGCUCCUCCCUCAGACAACAAGUUAAUGCGUGCCACUUACUCGCCCAGUAUGUGAAAAGAAGCUGGGAAAGGAAGACAAAUGAGUUGACCAUUUGAAAUACCUGAUUUUUGCCAUAGUAGCAUAAUGCAACUUUGCAAAAUUUUAUAAUGUGAAACAUUUGAUAAUUUUUCUAUCAAAUGCUGGCCCCCAUUAGUCUUGCAACAUUUUCACCAUCUCAGACCAUAGUUAACAUAUUUUGUUUCAUGUACUUGCUCAAUCUAAACCAAAGGGUUCUGACUCAUUCUAAAUCAGAGCAUUAGCUAACAAAUGUUUAUAGGGCAGCAAAUGCUCCAUUUUGUUCAGAGGAUGGUGUGGAGUUGUCAUGAUUUGAAAUAUUGACAAGUAUAGCAGACCUUGUAACUUGUCCACAGAAUAAAGUUUGGUGAAUAAUGAAAUUGAACAUGUUUAACUAAUUUUAAGUCUGACCUAAGCAUGUCCCAGUAUUUUGUAAGCAGCUCCCAUAGUGUCAAAUAGUGUGUAAGAUAUUCAUUUCUCAUCAGCCCCUGCUUGAUUGAUAUUGAUUGUUUAUUGCUUUUUAUUCAAAAGAAAAGCAGGAAAGACUCAUUAACUAACUAUUUAAAAAUUCAUCUAUAAUUCAGUAUUAUCUUUUAGCACCACAUGAAAUUCAUGUAGCUAGACCAUAACAGCUGAGAAGCUUUUUUGAAUAGUGUUGAAUUCUGAAAAUAUUGAGCAAGUAUCAGUUUGCUAAUGGCUCAGUAUUAGACUUGGCAAAUAUCAGGUGAUAAUUUAUUUCCCCUGUUGUCAACUUAUUCUCCUCCUGAAAACCUUCAUAGCUUCCAAAUCAAAGGUCAAUAGUAAGCUAAGAAAGAGGGUUUACAGUUUAAGCACCUGUAUGGUGACCUCAUCUAACAUCUUGUCUCACCUGGAAACAAUUAUCAGUUUAUUUACUAUGCAAUAGACAUUCAUCCUUUUGUAUUCAGCUAGCUUUUGUUUAUCGUGCCACCAGCUUUGUCUUCCUGUUACACAUACAGUUGUUUUGACUUAAUUUACAGUAUAUAUGCUGUGCCAUUUUGAUUUUUGUUUGUUUGGUUGAAUAAACCUGCGACACUCAAACAUUUGAGAAGAGAUUUGCUAAAACAAUACCAGUAUUUGAUCCAGAUUCAUCUCAACUAUGAUAAACCUGGACAUUUUUUGUGACAUGUAAUAGUAAUGUUUGCUCUGAAUGAACAAACUUUUUGAAAACAUAGUUGACAAAAUUAUGGAUCAACUUAAAAAAAAAGCAUGACUUUUGAAAUCUCUGAAUGCCUUGGUUCUCAGUAUUAUAAUUCUUUAUUGAAUUUUUCUUUAUUAAAAUAUGUAGUUUUAAGACUUCUUUCUGACAGUAUUAUGAAAUUUUUGUAGAGUGGGUAGAUGGGAGUGUCGCUUGUAUGUAACAGUACAGAUGACAUGUAUUUGUCUAUUCUUUAUUAUCUUAGUAGUUUCAUGCUGUGUAUGUAUCAUAACCAACCUAUUGCCUAUGAGAAACAUGUAAGAUAAUGUAUUUACAGCCAUUGUUACAAGUUUAUAAUGUAUUUUUCUAUCUUGUUUUAUAUGUAUGUUAUAUAAAACAUUCAAUUUUUUUCCUGAUUGAGAAAAAAGGAUACAAAAAUGCAAAACCCACAAUUUUGAUAACUGAAAAUUGCCAAUUGUUUUGCAGUACUUUAUUAUAUUGGGAGUGUUGUCUUUCUUGGGCUUUUAGUUAGCUACUGGAUGAAUACAUUAGACAUAUUUGGGUUUUAGUUGGGUUUUUACAUAGCUUGCAUUUUAAUUCUUUGGUUCUUUGCUGUUUCUAUUAACCCAUAGCAUUAUUUUAAUAAAUGUUAUAAUACAAACCUACUAA